UAACUAUCAGAUAAUCUAUAGAUAUCUGUAAAUCGAUCUUCGAUAUUUUAGAAUAUUUUCGUUCUAUUAAUCUUGUCUUUAACUACAUCCCAAACGAUCCUUUUUCUCGUAGGAAUAUCCUCGAAAGCUACAAAAUCUUCGUUCAUUUAAAAAUUCGACUUUCACUCUCCGUUCUACAGCCAACGUUACCGAUAUCGUCUCAGUUGCUGGUUUAGGAAGCGGAUUCUCUUCGGAGGGAAGACUCGAGGGUCUGCGGCAGGGUAGCGCAGGGUCUACGCAUCGUCCAUCAUUCGCUGAAACGACGAAACGCUCGGUAGGUUCGCGUUUUCAGAGAGCAGAGCAGAUCUGCAUAGCGAGUCGGCAUCUCGGGACGAGCGAGCUAAGUGCGGGAUUAUGCAAAGCAGCGGCCAUACAGUAUAAAAAUACGGAGCGACUCCGCGCCAUCUUUUCCGGACCAUUCUAAUAACUCCCUUCUAUCCAGCUUCCUCCAGGCCUCUAGCUACCUUCCUCGACCUCCAACCCUCCUCGUUCCCUGGCGCUGUUCGGCCUGCGUCGACGACCAUGGGGGAAUCACGAACCCGUGCACGCGGAACGGUCACCCCUCUUCCAAGAUUUCGGCAAAUAUAAUCGUAAAGUCGUCGACAAGACCGUCGCGACGCCUGUGCAUUGCAUCUACGCGAUCUUUGGCGUUCUGUAAGGCAUUCUUUGUUGCUUCGCGGCUCUCCUUUCUCGCGCGUCUAUUUUUCUUAAUAGAAGUAUACAAAAUGAAGAUCGUUCCUCGAGAUACGUUGGAUUACGCGGAACUGUUUCCACACGAUUAUUCAUUGUGAUUAAAUCGGCGUUAAGGGGUGCGCUCUUAAGAGCGCAUCGCGUUCGCGCGUCGAUGCCAGUCACGCCGAUGAUUAAUGACCCAUGAAUAUUUACGCGUACCAUUAAUUUGUAUCGUUUGAUUGGUUGCUUCCUGCACACGCCAGACCAUAAUUCGUAUACAUCGGAUCGUCGGGAUUUACAAGCUCUCGAUAUCCUUCGAUUUUAAAUCACCGUUAUCAGGAACCCUCUAUAUAGAAUUUCUACAUCUGAUCGGGUCGAUCCUGAAAUCCGAGGGUCGCGUACGUUUCGUGGCGCCUCGCCACUUAAAUUCUGAAACUUCUCGCCUAGGCGACUCACGUUUUCCGCGAGCGAGGCGCGAGAUAGCGGCGUCCGAUAACGCCCGGUUGGAAGUCGCAUUAAUUUCUCUCGGUCGACUCCCCCUCUGUGUGCCAGUGGUAGAAACGCGACAGGGGGAUGGUACGGUUCUAUCGAGGGUUGUGGGGGCUUGGCGUGUAGGUAACGGCACGCAGAAACGCUUCCUCGCCGGGCGUUUAGGUAAGGUAUUCACGUAACACAUAAGCAACCGCCACGCGCAGCCCACCGUGUGCACAGAGAUAAGAGGCGAAGGUGGCAUCUUAGGUGGCACUUCGAAUAGAAUUAAAUUCCCCGAGCAACUGCGGAGCAAGUCGAUAUCGUCUCCGGAUGAUAUCAACAAAAGCGGCAGAGAAGGAGGGAGGACAAACUUCUCUCCGCCAUCCUGUAAACGCGCAAAGUGAAUUCGAAUUUUGUCGGAGACGUUCGGUUGGUGCGGUAGAUUUCGAAGCUACGGAUCAAUGUCGUUGCAGUUUUGGUGUUAGCCAAAAGAUGCUGCGGGUGGGCUUUGAUCGAUGUUUAUUUGGAACCCCGUAUUGCGGAGCCGAGUGAUCACAGUUUGAAACAACGCUACGGUUGAAUGUGAAGAUUCGACUUGGAAGUUUGAUUGGAUAUAACUUUGUAACUUCCGCAAACGUUAUCACAAAGUUCCUAGGAAAAUAAUAUUUGGAUAUAAAAAUAAUUGGCAAUUACGUCAAGCGAUAAAGCGAGAUUGCGAAGAGUCUGGAUAAUAAGCUGGCUCGUCAUGAAGCUGUGCCACUUUUUGGAGGGUGAUUCCAGGAAUUAAGACAGUCAGAAACAUUUGAUGGCUCACUUGGUAUGCAUGGUUCCGCUUAUAAGUCAAGAAAUUGCUCAAGCGGCCGUAAAAUCUAAAUCUCUGGUACUCGUCGUCAGGGCUGCGUACCUCUUCCCCUUUCGCGGAUGACGUACACCGCGGCCAGCUAUUUUCGAGAAUCCUCUGAUCCUCAUCACACAUUCAAUUUAUCAAGGACUCAAGAUGUACUGCCCUGUUUUUUUGAGCUGCACAAAUCGUUUGUUCAUUUCUUUAUUUUUAUUGCCAGAAGACAUGCAGAAAUUGGACUUUUCAAUUGGACUGGAUACCGCGGUUUUGUAAUAUUUUUCCAACUUUCGCAAAUCCUUCGAUCGACUAAUCUUUAUUCGAUCGACUUAAGUCACGUUUCAUUCGUGGUAUAUGGGACGCAAUUCCGCAGAUUAUAGGUCACGAUUUUAGCAAGCUUCUGAAGAGGUAUGAUUGGCCUAGGGACGUAUCUCGAUGGGAUAUUUCCUUGAAACGCGGCGAGCUUGUAUGCGACCAAUGUGGAUGCCGGCUUUUAAUGGAAAAUCGACUGCGCCCGGGGAAGCCCGCUGGAAGAGAAUCACGAUGAUUCCGUGAAAUAUGGAGGCAGGAGCGAGCAGGUUUUCGACGGAGCCGGUAAAGCUGCACAGAGUGCUGGGGCUGCGUUAAUGGGUGAUUGAUAAACGACCUUCUCUCAUCAACUGCAUCGGCUGCAUAUUUAUCACCGGACAGACUCAGCAGUCCUCGUGUUAGCGUCAGCCAACUGGAAAGUAUCGCAAGAUAUUGCUCGGAAGCGCGUCGAGUCGUUUCUCUUAAAAAGGAAUGAAUAAAUUAAACACCCAUUGGAUUUCGGACAUAUAUAGACUAGACGAUGUAGUUGAAAAUUAAUUCGAGUAAUCUUCUAGAAAUUUUCGCAUAAUUCAAUACACCAAUGGGGGCCAUACGAGCGAGUAGAAAGCUUUCUGCAAGGUGUCCCUUUGGUGAAGCAACGUUAGUGUUAACAUUCACUGUUACGAUUCAGCGUUAACAGCUCACGCGUGUCAGUCACGUGCCGGUCGACCAGCGACCCUCUGCUCGUUUAACUCGGACGAAUUGGGCGUCGCGAAGUUGCCCUUUCUGUCCGAUUUGGAGGAUAACGAGGACAGAUGCCUGCGAAAUUACACCUAGAUGAUUCUCACGAAUCCGAGCCUUCGCCCCUAUCGAGAAAACAAUAAGUUUUUCUUUUUAUGGUUCGUUCUUAAAAAAAAAAAAAAAAAGAAAAAGCAAUGGAGAAAAGGUAGCAAGGAAGUCGUUGGGACGUAGUCAGCGGAGAAGCAUAAAGUGGUAUUAGGGAUUGGUAUAUCGCCAUCAGAAGCGCGCAGGGACAGGAUGCCACGAUCGGCAAUAAAUAUGGUUCAUAAGCCAGGAAUGGCUGGCGAAAGAUAUAGAAACGUUCCUAGACGUCCCGCAGCGAGUCGCGUGUCACACAUAACGUCGACGAAACGGCUCUGUCGACUUUACGACCACGAAUUAGGAUUAAACCCGGCUUGGACCGUUCGCCAUCAUCUGCUUCGUUGAUAGUCGAACGUUUCAAUUUAUUCGAGAGCUUCGAGAAAGCUCUCUUUUCCUCUUGCUCGUGUGAAACAACACCGGGAGAAAUGUUUAUAACGGUGGUUCGUCGUAUAAUAAUUAUUAAUCUGGUUGUAGUAAAUAAUUUCGAAACAGGGAAGCUGGGAAAAACUUAGAUACAGGUCGUUUCGUCUUCCGUGAUCCGCGAAUCUCCGCUGGGUCGGCCAGUCCAAUCGAAAGGUCAUUACAACUUUUUGCCGACUCAAUCAAGAAGUUAAUGUCCUUUAACCUCUAGGCGUUCCCCGCAGAGUUCGCAGAAUCCUGGGAAUCGUGAGCGUAAGAACUCGACGGCUCUCACAUGCCGGGCAAAAUAGAUCACCAGUUUUAUGAUUGAUCGCCUAUUGGCUUCGCGAGCUAGCCAGCCUUUUUACUUCCUUUUUUUUCGCGAUAGCGGGUAUUAUUGCUCAAGCAUAGAACUCCAAUCUCACUCUGCUUCCUUUACUUGUAUCGUUCCGUUUUACUAUUUUUAUGCUUUAACAUCUCAUGAAAAAAUAUUGCAAAUAUUAACAAGCUUUGCCGAAUAAUUUUAAGUGAAAUUUGGUCAGGAUGAAGGUGUUGGUAAAACAGUGGCGUUGAAAGAAUGAUAAAAAAUUGUGAUUAUCGGGUAGAAAUGCUUUCGUAAGAGCCGCAUAUCACCUGGAGGGAUCGUGGUAUUUAUCGAACUGCCGAGAAAUGGGAGGAAUUCGUCAAGAAGAUAAUCCGUAAAAUGAUGAUCUCUGGUGGCUCUGCUGGUACCUUCUGUCCGGUACGGUCAAUUUAAUGCACCUCGUUUCUCUUCGGUAACGAGGUGUUCAUAAGAUGACCAACUAUUAAACUACGAAUAGUUUUGAACUUCAAAAAUAAAGAAUUAAAAUCGAAAUGAUUCUUCAACGUCGUUGAAUCUAUAUGCAACCUUAUAAACGUUAAAGACGAAAAGAAAGAUCGGAGAAAAGAUUUCUCUCGAAUAGAAAAUGCUGGAGGGAAUGCUCGAAAAGUCGGGGCGAAUGAUCAUUGGCGGGAUAAUCGGGCACGGUGGAGGUCCAUCAGCGGAUUCGACGAGUCUGCCGAACGUCCAAUAUCCAGGAGAUCGACCAUAAAAAAAGGAGUCGAGGCUGGCGCGGGCGUUAAAAAUAUUCAAGAUCGUUUGUCAGGCUGAAUUACAGCCCCGCUCGGGCACGCCAUCACCCCCAUUCCCUUUAGAUCUCGGGCUAACGGGGUAACGGGAUCCUGCGGAACGCGUUGCGCAACGUGGAGAGAGGGCAGAAGAGGAAAGAGUCGACGAGGACGGCUACGACGACGACGACGACGAUCCCGGGCACAUGUGUCGAACCUGAAAUAUGUAGGCGUGGUCUGGAUGGGACUAGCAGACGCGUCCCGACGACCGAAUAUGUUCACCCCGUUCGUACGCUCCACCCCCGUCUAACCCUGGGAACGUUGCCAUUGGCCGGUGCCACCCUCGUUGCGCCUCCACCUGCCACGCCGUGCUACCCUCCGCGGGAUUCUACCCCUAAAUACGGGGGAUGCGCGGCCGGUUCCCUCAUUUUAACGUGGUCCGCCGAUGCACGUUGUACCCUCGUACUCGUUCUCUGUGUUUCUUCUUCGGUGUUACUGCGAUCGGAUCGCUCAUCUGUGCCGGUGUUACCACCGACGCUUGUGAUUAACCUCAUGUUUGUUAUCCGAUGGAAGAAAACUGUGUGAACUGAUGUCUUAGACCAAGGAGGAUUGACACCCUAAGGGGGUGAGCAGCGUGGCUGAUACACGGAUUGCCGGAGGAAGAAUUCCCUGUUGGACGCGUGGUCCGGUCGAUCAUCCGGAGCGAGCAGGAUGACAAUGGAAGAUCGUACGAGUGGCAUCGACCGUGCCGCCCCCGCGACGUCUACGACGGCCACGUCGGGGUUGACGUCGUCCAGUCCUCCGUCUAUCAGCGAUGUCACGUCCGACGCUUCGUAUCCUCUUCAGCGUGCUAGCAAGCGUUCCUUCGAUGUGGCGUUCCUCGUCGCGCCUGACGAGAACCUUGCUCGUCGGCAGAGCGAGAAAAUGAGGAUGGUGUCGAACAGGAAGGAUCGUAUUCGCGAAGAAAUAUCAACGGAGAACAUCUUGGACUCGGACAGACUGCCGCAGAAUCUCACGAUCAAGAACUACGACAAUGACACCGGUGGUUCCGAUAGGAGGAGGAUGAUGCAAUGCACGGAGAACUCUUUAAGUCCUCCGUAUAUAUCUCCGAGAACGCUGACUCCGACGUUACCAGGUUUGUCACCUGAUACCGAUACUCGGAGAUACGUCUCUGGCACCCGUCUACAGAAAUCACCCAGUCCACCUGCGUUUGCUACUCAUCAGUCGAUGUUAACCACUUGCCCCGAUGCGGUGGAGCCAACCCUGACUUGCAACAAGGUUUACGAUACAGUUAUACCCUGUCCCACCGACAGACAUGGAGAAUCUCGAAGCGCGUUUACGAAGGUGAAUCUGACAGCACAAAGGAACGGCUUCAACGACGAUGGACAGACUUCGCCAAGAUCCUCCAUAUCGCCAGACGAUCGUACCGGAUACCAGAGCAGCGUCAGUCCACCGGUGGUACCACUGACAGCUACUACUGGAUACAAAUACGCGCCGUUUCCUACGAAAAUGUCUUAUCCUUUCCUAGUCAGUCCCGAGAGCAGUCAACCUGGUCUACUGGAGAAUUUGAAGAUACCCCAGAUUGCCCAACCACCUAAAGUACCCAGUCCAAAGAUUCCCAGCUUCCGACCGGAUCUACCACCAGUUUAUCCGAAUUUGUCAUACAAUCCGAUCUCCGUGUUUCCACCGAUGGCAGAUGCGUUGACUAGACCGAGAUUUCUGGCGACGGCCGCUGGGGUGGCUGGUCUUCUGCCCUCGUCGUUCGCCGCUUUGACUCUGCCCGCGCAAAAUGUUUGCGCCAAGUGCAAUUUAUCUUUUCGGAUGACCUCCGACCUGGUGUACCACAUGAGAUCACAUCAUAAGAACGAAAACUCCGGUGAAGCUGCCAGAAGGCGAAGGGAGGAGAAACUAAGGUGCCCUGUUUGCGACGAGAGCUUUAGGGAAAGACACCAUCUGACUAGGCACAUGACCGCGCAUCAGGAUAAGGAGAGCGACGCGAUCGUGGAUCAGGUCGAAGUGAAGAGGCGAGCCACCACUGUUCACAGCAAGUGACGACGGAAAUCGUCGACAGAAGACACGAUACUGACCAGUGGCUAUUCGUUUGAAAAUUAAGAUGUUUCUUUUACGAAGGGGAGGAUAUGGAGUUUAAAUUUUAAGGACUUUGAAAACUUGGAAGGAGAAGUGAGAGAAUUUGUUUCAGAGGUGUUAUUUUUUAUUGUUAUUCUAUUAUAAGACUCGAUUAAUCUGUUUUCAAUCUGAUCAUUCAUCUAUGAGAAUUGAAAUUCGAUCGGACGAAGAUAAAUGCUCUUCCAGUUUUUUAAGAUAUCAUCUCCUAACAUACGUAGCUCGAUACACAGGAUCACUUAUUCUACCAUAAAUUUCUCGUUAACCAAAUAUUUACGAGAUUUUUGCACUUGUCCAUUUUAACUGAAGUACUUCACGAGAUUAUCGAUUACGACAUUUUACAUGGUAUACGUGUAUGAUAACGAAUUAAUCGCUAGAAGCUUUACCAAUUAACUUAAGAGAUCUUACCUUUGCGAGAUAAGGUGAUAUUCCCUCUUUAGUCAAUAUUAGGUAGGAGAAAUUUGUAAAUAUCGCGAUUAAUCGUCGAUUGACCGGACUUUAUCCUAGUUUUAAGGGUAUGAUAGAUCGCUCGAGUACUGCUUGAAUCCCAAUUAUUUUCUUUUACGCCAUCACAAUUUUCGCGAUUUAAAAUAUUGUCAAUAUUUUUUUCCAGCUGGAAAAACCGAACGUUUUGAUUCACGUCGGCUGGUAAGCAGGUGUGUCGAGGGGGUUGGAGUACAGGUGGGGCAGAGAGCGUGCUCUGGCGGGGACAGAACGCGACGUAAGCCGCGUUCAUUUGUGUGUCGGGGGUGGCGCGGCAAUAAAUAGAUCGUAAACCGUACCCCGGCUAACACACAAACCGGCGGAGCGCGCAUAAUGGUAGGAAACAAUGAAUGCCGUAAUCGGAAACAGUGCCGGUUUGUUAUCUGCCAUUUACACUCCAUUUAACUUCAAACAGUGAAUCGGCUGGCGCGCAUUCGCGUUUUAAAUACACGCGACCUCCGUAGCUAUCCCCGGCUCCACCCCCGCAGCGCCUCCCCCGCCCCUAUGAUCCCCUCCUGCUCGACGUACGGCUUAACAUAGGGUUAACCUGCCGCUCGGAGUGGCUUAAUAUUGCCCGGAAUUGCUUGACUUAUCGCCACUUCCAUUCCUGGCUUAAUGUUUGCUUAUUUCGUCGCUCUGCUGAAUCGUGAUUCGCUCACCUGUGUAUUUCUGUUAUGUUUCCCUCUUUGGUCCUUCCUAUCGAGCACAUUGAUAAUUAAGAAUUUAUCAAAAGCAUCGGGACAGAGGUGAAAUAAAAUAAGGAAACAGAUGGGAUUCGAGCCAAUACAAACGAAUAAAUCUUUUUAAGGAUAAGAAUGAUAAAAAGCUACAGUAUUCUGUACAGCAAUAAUUGCAGUAGUGUGUAUAUAUAUUCGAUCUCGAAGAUUUUUUUUCAAUUUUAAUGAAAAAAAAAUGAGGGUGUUCUAUCCUCGAUCGCUAAAGGAGACGUUAAUACUGUAAAAGCGAUUCAUGGAAUAGUCUCUGUGGAAGUUCGACGUUAUCAAAUAACGAUUCUAUAUCGGAUCCACGGAUUUUUUAGAAUAUUGCGGCCCAUACGACGUUGUUCUAGAUAUAUGUGCACGAUGUAAGUCCGAUGUAAAUGACUCUUCAUACAGGUGUAAAAUUAUCAUCGAUGUUCUGUUUUGUUUUAUAAGAAUUAUUUAUCACGACGUGUCACGUUGUAUCGGUUCAAUGUAAAUAUCACUCUGUACAUAAGCACUGUAUGUAUUCGGAAUCGUUGUUAAUGAAUAAAAAGAAUAUCCGUGAAGAGAA